CUGUUUUUUUCCUUCGUCUUCCCUGCUUCGGUUAUUGAUUUAAAUUAUUCGUACAAUUAAAUUAUCCAAAAAAAAAAAGAAAAACCUGAAAUAAAUUCGUUGAAAUUACAGACUGACCCCUUCCAAUUACAUAAAUUAAAAACAGAACCUCAAAUAAACCCCAAAAGGGGUCAUUAGCGAACGAAUUCUUCUGAUCCCAAAAGCUCGCUCUUUUUUCUAAGUGGGGAGAGUAGCCAAGAUCAGUCCAAUACCCGUCCCCCUCUCGUCUUUCCCUUCAAUCGAUAAAACGCUUUCUUUCAUCUUUGCUUUUCUCUCAUCAAAGAUUUGAGGGGAGAUUUUGAUGGCGUCAAAAUUGCAGCAGUUGCAAUCUAAGGCAUGUCAAGCAUCGAAGUUUGUGGCCACGCACGGAACUGCUUACUACAAGCAGUUGUUGGAGCAGAACAAGCAAUACAUUCAGGAACCACCGACAGUGCAGAAAUGCAACGAGUUGUCUAAGCAACUGUUUUACACUCGCCUUGCUAGUAAUACUGGCGAAAAAUCAAGGUCACAAGUUGAUAUCAGAAUAACUCCUUUUGAUGGGAUUUUUGCAGUAUCCCUGGUCGAUCUGAGUCAUUCUGGAAGGAGCUUGAUUAUGUCAAGAAUCUGUGGAAGAACCGGGCAAGAACUGAAAGUUGAAGAUGCUGUAUUGCUGCUUUGUUUGGACUGGAGUGCUUUGCAUGGUUUUGCGCUGGUGACAGCCAGUGGAAGGUCUUUCAGGGAUUGGAUGUAUGCUUUUAUCAUCAUUUGCAUGAUUGAAUUGCGGCCACACUUUAGAUGCACAUUUUUGUUGUUUCAUGAAAAUUUUGAAGCUGAGAAAUCAGUGGUGAUAAACCUUGCUGUUGUCUCGUGA